CCGCUCAGCUUCGGCUGAAUCGCCAAAGAACGACUAGUAACCCAUAACACGGUUAACACCAACUUUUGCUUAGCGUACCUAUUAUUUAACACCUAUUAACAGCAAUACCUAAUUCAUACAUAACUACUUUAUCCCCUUAAACUACUAGGUACCUCAUACAUACAUCCGCUCAACUCGAUUACCGCAUCACCCGGCUUUCGAGCAUCGUAACGCUGAGCUUCUCGGCGUGCAUAGCUUCCGAUUGCAACCUCCUUUCCGGACUUCUUCAUCUGAACUCGACUCGCUGCCGCAUACUGUUCCCAAUUUUUGUUUGUGAUUUGUGGCGAGGCGGUUUUGUUACCUACCAAAGCCACAGAUCUAAGACAUUAUUAGCACGCCGCAUCUUGGAUCCUUCGAAAGACGCGGUGUCGCGUAACUUGAUUGUGUGCGAUUUCAAACUCGCUAUAACCUCUUAAGUUGAUAGUUAAUAACCAUCGUAACUAUGUCAUCUUCCACUGCCACUCCUCUAGUUAUUCCGCCCAAGGCCCUGCGGAAGCUGGAUGAUGCCAUACCACCACUUCUAAGACCUCUAAUUCGGGCCUAUGUCUUGGGCUACGCUUCUGCUGUUACACCCAGGGUCCUCACCUUAGUUAUGCAGUAUGUAAACAGAAGGAGGAAGGGCAAGGGUACUGUUACCGCUAAAGUCACCCGGUCCUUCAUCGCAUCCCUGCAGCGUAUCCUCCGUGGGGGAUUAGAACUUCGAAGAUUCCCAGCUUUCUGCGCCGCCCUCGUAGGCGGAAGUACAUUAUUAGAGGUUCUGCUGGGUAAAGUUCUAAGUCGUCUCCUGAAUGGCCAGCUUACAAGCCUGGUCCAGAAAAGACUCGCGAGAGGGUUGUCCGGCUUCGUUGCAGCCUGGUUGAGUCUCCAGCUGUUGCAGUCGAGCAAGAGUGACGAGUUCCUAGAAACGGCUUCGAUCGACUUCCAGUCUAAGCAGGUAAAAGUAGAGAAGGCAGGCCGAACUCUGGAUCUGACACUGUUCGCCGCGACCAGAGCUUUGGACGUGAUCGUCGGGGAGCUAUGGGCUCGAGCGGAGCAGCACCGGCCCACGGCUGGCCAGCGGGCUUGGGUUGAAUCGAUGAUGGCUAAAAUAGCCGACCCAAGCGUAUUUGCCGCCUCUUCCUCAUUGAUCAUGUGGGCAUGGUUCUACGCUCCGUUCCAGCUACCAAAGUCAUACCAGAAAUGGAUCGAGCAAGCGGCUGCCGUGGACCCCCGCCUCGUCGAGGCUCUUCGGCUUUGCCGUUCCGGCGAAAUCCGUUAUGGCGAAGACACCGGGAAGGCCUCGCUGCUUGAAUCCAUGUGCGCGGAUUUCAAGUGGCCGUUGGAGUGGGGAGACCCCUUCAAGUCUAUCCCGUUCCCGUGCGAGAUGGUCCACAUGGGCAGCGGCCCGUCCUGCGAGCGCCACGCCAUUUCCCGCUUCUACAACUCCUUCAAGUGGUCCAUGGCCACGUAUUUCCCGCUCAGCUUCGCGGGCCGCAAAAAGGACCUAGGCGGCCUUAAGAAAUCUCUGCUAUCCUCCGCGCGCUCUUCCUCGUUCCUGGCUGCGUUCAUCGCUCUCUUUUACUACGGCGUGUGCCUCGCACGGACGAGAAUCGGCCCCCAUAUCCUCGGCAAAGACACCAAGUGCCGGCAGAUGAUCGACGAGGGCCUCUGCGUCGGGUCCGGCUGUUUUAUGUGUGGGUGGAGCAUCUUCCUCGAGACGGUGGCACGGCAAAAGGAGCUGGCACUUUUCGUCGCCCCCAAGGCCUUGGCGACGCUCCUCCCCAGACGAUACUCCACCGACAAGCAGUGGAGGGAGACGUUCGUCUUCGCCUUCAGCUCGGCGGUGGUGUUUACCUUCGUACGCGAGAACCCCAAGAGAGUCCGCGGCAUACUGGGGAAUGUUAUGGGUUCGGUUCUAGAGCCGUAAUAAUAGUUUGCUUCACAUCCGAUCUGUUAGAACCCACACCACGUGUGGAAUAUUCAUACCCCCCCAUUGCUUAAUCAGUUGUUGUAAUUAGAGUUAUAGAUUAGACUAUCGUCAGCUUGUAGAUAGAACGUCAGGCCCCUUAAGGAGAGUAGAGAGGAGAGGAGGGGGGUUAGGGUGAAAAGGGGCAGAGUUGUAGCAUUCGGCAUGAAUGGACGAACGCGAUGACGACAGGACUUCUAUAAUAUCGCCACGUCCUGUAAAAGGUUAACGAGUAGCCUUGUCAAUGAAGUGUAAUUAAUGAUAGACCCCAACCGUAACCCUUCAAACCGUAUCGUACCGUCCGCGAGAUGCAGAGACUCGGGCCGGUGGUUGACAUGUUUCCCGAAGGUUAAAGGGGACAGGAAUAUGCGGCUUAAAACCCAAGUGAUACGCGUAGUCUGAUAGAUACCUGUCUAUAAUCUAUACGCUACUAAAUAUAUCACUGUUUAAGUAUUCCCAAGCGUCUACCUAGAUAGUCACUCAUAGCU